AUGGAAGAGAUGAGGCCUAGCAGCGGACCCCAGGCCUUCCCGUCCAUCUUCCCCCCGGGGCUGCAUGCCAUCUACGGCGAGUGUCGGCGGCUGUACCCGGAGCAGCCCAACCCCCUCCAGGUCACCGCUAUAGUCAAGUACUGGUUGGGUGGACCUGACCCCCUAGAUUAUGUGAGCAUGUACAGAAACCUUGGCAAUUCAUCACUUGGUGUUCCUGAGCACUGGCAUUACGUGAGUUUUGGGCUGAGCGAUUUGUAUGGAGACAACAGAGUACAUGAAUACACAGGAGUUGAUGGAGCAAGUGGAUUUGGGUUUGAACUCUCCUUCAGGCUGAAAAGAGAACCUGAAGAAUCUGCACCACCAACAUGGCCUGCGGAGCUGAUGCAGGGGCUUGCCAGAUAUGUUUUUCAGUCAGAGAACACCUUCUGCAGCGGUGAUCAUGUGUCAUGGCACAGUCCACUGGACAACAGUGAGUCUCGUAUUCAGCACAUGCUUCUGACAGAAGACCCCCAAAUGCAGCCAGUGCAGACGCCGUUUGGUAUUGUAUCCUUUUUACAAAUAGUUGGUGUAUGCACUGAAGAACUGCAUGCAGCUCAGCAAUGGAAUGGGCAGGGCAUACUAGACCUUCUUCGAACUGUACCAGUAGCGGGAGGACCUUGGUUAAUAACUGAUAUGAGAAGAGGAGAGACUAUUUUUGAAAUUGACCCUCAUUUGCAGCAGGAGAGGGUUGAUAAAGGGAUUGAAACGGAAGGGUCGAACCUCAGCGGAGUCAGUGCCAAAUGUGCAUGGGACGAUUUGAGUCGACCACCAGAAGAUGAGGAAGACAGUAGGAGUAUAUGUAUUGGAACGCAACCAAGACGGUUAUCUGGCAAAGAUACCGAGCAAAUCCGAGAGGCGUUACGAAGAGGCCUUGAAAUCAACAGUAAACCUAUCCUACCUCCAAUCAGUAUGCAGCGUCGUCAGAAAUGGCAUGAACCACGAUCGAGCGCCGAGUCGUAAAGACAGUUUAGAAAGUGAAAGUUCCUCAGCCAUAAUUCCUCAUGAGUUAGUACGUACACGACAACUGGAAAGCGUCCAUCUCAAGUUUAACCAGGAGUCUGGCGCACUCAUUCCACUUUGUUUAAGGGGUAGAUUAUUACACGGACGACACUUUACUUAUAAAAGUAUUACAGGGGACACGGCCAUCACUUUUGUCUCUACGGGGGUCGAAGGAGCAUUUGCUACAGAAGAGCAUCCAUAUGCAGCACACGGGCCUUGGCUGCAAAUUUUGUUGACAGAGGAGCUGGUGGAAAGGAUGCUGGAAGACUUAGAAGAUUUAAGCUCUCCAGAGGAAAUGAAAUUGCCAAAGGAGUACAGCUGGCCAGAGAAGAAGCUAAAGAUUUCCAUUCUUCCGGAUACCGUAUUUGAUAACCCACUACAAUGA